GUAGCUGUAGUAUUUGCUCCAGACCAUCAGGUGGCAGUGUCGCACCAGCGCUCUUUCUGAGCCGUCCGCGGAUGAUUUUAAGUAGGCUGAGGUUACCUAGGAGUGAAAUUCAAUCCACGCUUGCCUGUAGCGUACAGUCAGUUAGAAAUUACGCCAACCUCGAGACUUGAUCCGUUAGGUUUGUUUGUUGUUACAUAUCAUUUCUUUGGCCGAAAGAAGCGAUGUCAGGCAGCUGCGGACGGAUUCCUCCUCCUUUCCCUGAUAAUGAAGAUCAGGAGGCUGAAUCGGACACUCGAGUGCUGGACAGCGACGAGGAUGAUGAUGAUGAAGGCGAGGACAUAUUCACCGGCGCGAGAAGUAACCCGAUCACACCCACCUCAGCUCCUGAUGAGGGCGAUAUCUUCAGUGAGGAGGGCUCGUACAUCAGGAGCGAUGUCCAUCACGCCACUAAUGGCCUUCACCCUGAUGAAGAAGAGCUGGAUCUGUUCACUGAGGCCACUGUAGAACUGACGCUUACCAACACCACUAGUCAAGGCAGGAGAGAGAUUAUUGGACCGACCGCAUCGGCUUGCAACACCACACAAGUUCCUAAUUCCAUACUCAAACCCAGCAUUGUCACCAAGACCACAGAGGAGUUGGAGGAGGAAGAGAGUGGAGACCAGUUUGAGCUGAACAUCGCAGUCACUAAUCCAGAGAAAAUUGGAGAUGGCAUGAAUGCCUACAUGUCUUACAAAGUGUCAACUCAGACUACACUGCCCAUGUUCCUUAAUAAGACGUUCUCAGUGCGUCGACGCUUCAGUGAUUUCCUGGGACUUUAUGAGAAGAUAUCGGCCAAACACUCCCUGCUGGGUUGCAUCAUCCCACCUCCACCUCAGAAGAGUGUAGUAGGGAUGACUAAAGUGAAGGUAGGGAAGGAGGAUUCAUCCUCAGCGGAGUUUGUGGAAAAGAGACGAGCAGCACUGGAGAGGUAUCUCCAGAGAGUAGUGGCUCAUCCAUCUCUAUUACAGGACCCGGAUGUUCGAGAGUUUUUAGAGAGAGAUGAGUUGCCCAGGGCAGUAAAUACUCAGACUUUGAGUGGACCUGGCCUCCUAAAGAUGAUAAACAGAGCGUCGGACGCAGUGAAUAAGAUGACCAUUAAAAUGAAUGAAUCAGAUAAUUGGUUCGAGAGUAAGCUGCAGGAAGUGGAGAAUGAGGAGCAGCUGCUGAGGAGGCUCCAUGCUGCUGUCGACUCAUUAGUAAACCACAGGAAAGAGUUGUGUAGUAACACAGCGGUGUUUAGUAAGAGUGUGGCCAUGCUGGGCAGUGUGGAGGAGAACUCUGCAUUGUCUCGUGCACUGUCACAGCUGGCGGAAGUGGAGGACAAGAUGGAGCAGCUGCAUCAGCAACAGGCCUUCAGCGAUUUCUUCAUCCUCGCUGAGCUCCUGGCCGACUACAUCAGACUGCUGGGGGCCGUGAGGUGCUGUUUUGAGCAGAGGAUGAAAGUGUGGCAGCGUCUACAGGAAGCUCAGAGCACAUUGCAGAAGAAACGAGAGGCCGAGGCCAAACUGCUCUGGGCAAACAAACCUGAGAAGCUGCAGCAGGCUAAAGACGACAUAAAUGAGGUUAAAUUAUCAACAGCGAAUGAUAAACACAACACGUGGGAGUCUAAAGUCAGUCAGUAUGAGAGAGAUUUUGAAAGAGUUACCUGUACUGUGCGUAAAGAAGUGCUCAGAUUUGAGAAAGAGAAAGCCAGAGAUUUCAAACAGCACAUAGUGAAAUACCUGGAGUCCCUGCUUCACACACAGCAUAGGCUGGUGAAGUGUUGGGAGGCUUUCCUGCCUGAGGCCAAAGCCAUCGCCUGAUCAGAGCCUAACCUUUGACCUUGACAACAGACAAUCAACAUUUCUCUUUUCCUAUUUCCUUUACUCUCUGUGAAAUGAAUCAAAUACCCUGUAUAUCUUAAUAUUUGUUCAUUGAUAAACCAAUCCCUAUAUUGUGAUAGUAAACCUGUGCAGUGACCCGUGUCACUGUUGACAACUGAAUGUUGAGUGUAAAGGUUAAAGGUCAGAGCGGGAUUAAAAAAAGAACAGCGGUGUGUGGAGUGCAGCAAGAAUAUUUUUUUAUGUGUGCACGUAUGUGUGUUUAGUGUUAUCCUUAAGGUUUUUAAUGGUGCUUAGCCUAUGUAGUGUUUUAGUGGAGACUUUAAACCACCUUUAAUAUUGCUGAGUGUCAUUCUCUCUGUCAUGGAUGUGCACAGACUGAACAUUUGAAGUUUGUAAUCCAGUCCAGAUAAUAGAGAAAAACACUUGAGAUGUUUCUGGGGCACUCAACCCAGCCUGAUGUUGCACCACAUGUUUAAAAUUACAGCAAAGUUAAGAGUACGAUAUAGAAAAAAAAGAAUGAAUCACAGACUGUGAAAGGAAAAUGUUUGGUGUCUUUUGAAUGAAGUCCCAUAUUUUGUGUUGAUAGUUUUGACUGAAUUGUAAUGUUCUCAAACAGUUGCACUGAUCUGGACUGGUCCAGAUAAUAGUCUACUUGCAGUAUAGGUGUACAAACAUUUCUAUUAAAAAUUCUAGAUGAAUGAUUGUUAAAACAUACAUUA